AUGACUGAGACCAAAUUCAUAGGGCAUAUCUACAAAAAGUUGGAGUAUAGUGUAGCAAAAGAUGCAGCAUUUUGUUUAUGUUGUUAUCUUUUCAAACCUAAUAUUGGAGAUCAAGUUGGUGGUGAUUCUUUUGUUGGUGAGGGUUUUUCAAAUUGGAAGGAAAAAGAAAAAAUUCAGACUUAUGUUGAAGGUCCCAAUAGUGCUCAUAAUCAAACUUUGAGUAAAUGUCAAGACUUGUUAAACCAAAACCAAUAUAUUGAAACGAUUUUUUUCAAACAAUCUGAUCAAGCUCGAAUUGAGUAUCGAACCCAUUUGAAUUCAUCAGUUGAUUGUGUUAAAUUUCUUCUAAGACAAGGACUUGCGUUUCGUGGGCAUGAUGAAUCUGAAAAUUCAAGUAACCAAGGAAAUUUUCUUGAACUUCUCAAACUUCUUGUUGAUCAUAAUGAAGAUGUCAAAGUGGUUACAUUGAGCAAUGCUCCACAAAAUCUCAGGUUGACAUCUCCUGAUAUUCAAAAAGACAUUGUAAAUGUGGCCGUAUUUGAAACUAUCAAUGUGAUUAUUAGAGAUCUUGGUGAUGCACUUUUUUCUAUUUUGAUUGAUGAAGCCCCUGACAUAUCAAUCAAGGAGCAAAUGACAGUUGUAAUACUAUAUGUUGACAAAAAAGGACAAGUGAUUGAGCUCUUUUUGGGUAUUGAGUAUGUUGCUAAUACAAAUGCUUCGUCAUUUAAACAAGCUAUGGAAAAUUUAUUCUCCAGACGAGGAUUGAGUAUUUCCAGAUUGCGGGGUCAAGGAUAUGAUGGGGCUAGUAAUAUGCAACGUGAGUUCAAUGGUCAUACUGAAAGAGAAUCCUUGGAGAAGCAAGCUACAAAAGUUGCUGAGGCACUUAAUACUGGAAAGUUAUCUAGUGGGCAAGGCUUAAAUCAAGAAACUAAUCUUAAACGUGCUGGUGAUAUACGUUGGGGUUCACACUAUGGUACUUUUGUCAGCUUGGCUAGUAUGUUUUCAACAGUGAUUGAUGUGCUUGAAAUGAUUUCGGAGGAUGGUUCAAAUUCAGAACAACGAACAGAAGCAAAUGUAUUUUUGGACUCAAUUCAAUCAUUUGAGUUUGUAUUCAACCUUCAUUUGAUGAAAACGAUAUUGGCUAUUACAAGCGAGUUAUCGCAAACACUACAAAGGAAAGAUCAAGAUAUUGUUAAUGCUAUGAAUUUAGUUUAA